GCCUGUGAAGCCAAGGGCGGACAUCCCCCAAAGUCGUAGCCCAAUUACCGGAGAUGACCGGUAAACUUCGAGCCGACUACACCAAAGUCAGAAGACGACUGUUCUCUACCUUCUUUAAAUCCACGCGCCACUCUUCGCGCGUGCUAAAUUAUCAAAACCAGUCGAUCGGAGCACUACGCCACCAAAUCUACGCUGCUGAUUCAUCCGUGAUGUUCCCCAACCACAUAGGCGCGUGGAUGUAAUAGAAACCUUAUCAUCGGUGAUAUGAUAUGAUAUGAUGGCUCUUCGGCGGCUCAACGGAACAUUAACUGCAGAUCGCGAACAGAAAUAGAGAGAGAGAGAGGGAGGGAGGGAGAGACAGAGGGUCGACAAAGAGUUCGAUCAACACCUUGAAUUCCGAGAAAAAUCAGGGUUUUAAUAUAUUGAAUUAUUGGAUUUUGUAGAAGAUAGUUAUAUAUAUAUAUAUAUAUAUACGUAUUUAUGUAUGUUAUAGCUUAGUAUUUUGGAGCAGAUCGAAUUAGGGUUUGUGGAAGUGCAUGUAUGGCUUCGGGUACAAUAGUAGGUGGGAAUGGAGGAAAUGGAGGAGAUGAAGGUUCAAAAGAGAAGCAGAGAUGGGCUGAGAGCAAAGUUUAUACGAGAAAAUCAGCCAAGGGUCCGAAGAGCAACAAGAAUAACAAUGUGUCGCAACCCCAAGCCCAAACCCUAGCGUCCGAAGAUGGAAAUUCGACUCAGCAACAGCUUCUCACCCGCUUCGAUGAGGCAUCGGACGAUUCAUCGAGCUGGAAUCGUACUCUGGCUGUCUUCUCGAGUUCUCGGGAGCCAGCGUCAGGUAAUGGGACAGGGAAGCAGGGGUUUCUGAGGCAGGAAAAUCGGAAAGCGAUUAAUUUGUCGUGGAGGUCAAAGCAGGAGAUGCGGGAGCUGAGGGGGAAGCUGGAGAGUGAGCUAGAUUUGGUAAGGAAUUGGGUGAAGAAGAUUGAGGAAAAAGAGGGGCAAGUGAAUGUUGGUGUGGAUAAUGGCAGGGUGAAACGGGUUCAUAUGGAGGUUGCAUCAGUCGUUCUUCCUCGUGAAUCCAGGCCUUUGAAUCAGCUAAGUAUAUCAGUGUUGGAGAAUAGUCAGGGUGUAAGUGAUAAUGCGGAGAAAGAGAAGAGGACACCGAAGGCAAACCAGUUGUAUCGGAAUUCGGAGUUUCUUCUUGCCAAGGACAAGUUCCCGCCAGCUGAGAGCAACAAGAAGUCGAAACAAAAUGGGAAGAAGCAGCAAGGAGGUGGUGAAUUGGGACCUGGGUUUGAGUUGAGCAAAUUUUCAAAUAAAGUCUUCAAGAGUUGUAGCACUUUGCUCGAUAAAUUGAUGAAGCACAAGCAUGGUUGGGUUUUUAAUACACCAGUUGAUCCAGAUGCUUUUGGUUUGCAUGACUAUUUUGAUAUUAUUAAGAAUCCAAUGGACUUGGGCACUGUGAAAUCUAGGCUGGAUAAGAAUUGGUACAAGUCUCCAAGAGAAUUUGCAGAGGAUGUGAGACUUACUUUUAGCAAUGCUUUGACCUACAAUCCGAAAGGGCAAGAUGUCCAUUUAAUGGCAGAGCAGCUAUCGAAGAUAUUUGAGGACAAAUGGGCUGUUAUAGAGGCUGACUAUGUGAAGGCCUUGAGGUUUGCAGUAGAUUAUGAAGCAAGGUUGCCUACCCCUACGUCAAGAAAGGCUACUUCACUUCUACCACCGCCUGCUGAAAUGAGAAGGAUUUUGGAUAGGCCAGAAUCAAUGACAAAUUCUGUUGAUCCCAAACAGAAGCCCAUGAAUUUCGCACAUGCAGUUAGGACCCCUGCCCCAAAGAAGCCUAAGGCCAAGGAUCCUCAGAAGAGGGACAUGACAUAUGAGGAAAAGCAGAAGCUUAGCACAAACUUGCAGAAUUUACCUUCUGAAAAACUGGACAAUAUUGUCCAGAUAAUUAAGAAGAGGAGUUCAUCACUUUGUCAAAAUGAUGAUGAGAUUGAAGUAGACAUUGAUAGUUUCGAUACAGAAACUCUCUGGGAGCUUGAUAGGUUUGUGACCAACUACAAGAAGAGUUUGAGCAAAUACAAGAAGAAAGCAGAACUUGUUAUUCAAGCAAGAGCAGAAGCAGAGCCGAAUGCCCAAGUAAAGAAUCCUCCUUCAGGUGUGGUAGAGGCGCCAAAAGAAACUAGAACAGAUGAAAAGAAUGUCUCCUCUUCAUCUCCUGUUCAAGUGGAAAAGCAUGGGGAUAAUGCAAGCAGAUCAAGCAGCGCCAGCAGUGAUUCUGGAUCCUCUUCAAGUGAUUCUGAUAGUGAAAGUUCCUCAGGGUAUGGAUCUGAUGCAGGCCAUUCACCUAGGACUUGAGUAUAUUCAGUCCAGAUCUUGCAGAUUUUAAUGAGGGUGAUGAUAAUUCUUGUUGGUUGGUCUGAAGAGUUUUGGGAUUGUGCUUCUGUAUCUUCCUAUGUUGGUUGUAUAGUAGUGGGGUAACAAUUUUAACACCUCCCCAAGGUCUUUUCGCUUUGGAGUGGGGUUCAGUUCUUAGCCGUUGUAUGAGCAUACCAGUCUUCUAGAGGGGGCUGUGUUUGUGUUCACAGAUUUGUAUAAUAAUAAUGCCCAGAUGGUGGUGACUAGGUAGGAACAGACAGUUUAGUUAGUUGGGUAUGCAUAAUAGCACUUGUACAUUGCUAACAACUGCUAUUCUUUUCAGUGAUUAAUGCUUUUGUGUCCUAGUUGGGGCAUAGUCUUUGGUGUUGCAUGUAAAUAUUCUCUAUACUUCGUUGUAGUAUGUAAGAUGUGAGUAUAUUUUGAAAGUGUUAGUAGCUUUAGUUAA